AUGCGAGCAAUUGUGUCACGCCAACUCUCCUUGACAAGGCUGGCAGGAGGAGGGAAACCCUUUGCGCCGCGCCAACACCAACAUCAACUCGCAGAUUUCGAGGAGUACGAGCUUGCAGAUUACACUGGGACACAGGAUCCGGAGGAGACGAGCCCGCGAGAACUACAGAGAGAGGCCAAGCGGGCAGAGAAGUGGCGUCAGCUCGACGAGGCAGACGAGAUGAAGUUCUCCCACAGCAUCCAAUUCAAUGCAGUCCCAGACUGGAGCAGCCAUUACAUAGCAUACAGUAACUUAAAGAAGCUCAUAUAUCAGCUCGAAAAGAAUAUCCACAGACCAGCGACUGCGAACGGGAACGAAGACCCCGAACGAUCACCUCUUAUACAAACGGACGAUCCGGAUGUCCUUUUCUCCCGGGCAUUGGAUGUGGAGCUCGAGAAGAUCUCAUCUUUCUACCAGCUGAAAGAGCUCGAAAUCUAUGGCGAAGUCAAUGAUUUCUUGAAGGAUGAAGAGUCCUAUGAGGCAGAGAAUCUAGAACAAAUGGAUGGCCAAGGCGAUCCAAGACCAGGUACCAGCGGUCGAGCAAGCGAUAGACCUAGGACGGGUAGCAUAUUUCGAAGCCUCGUGAAUAGACCCAGGCGUGCAAGCACAAUCAGUCGAUCAAUAGACGAAGGGAUUGAAGACAGUGACGACGACGAUGACGAGCAUACCGCAUUACACAAACCACGCCCGGCCACUGGACGCAGCAAAAGCACCCCAUACGAUGCGAACAGGAAUGGCGGGAUUGAGGACAUGAGGACAUCAACGGAAUUCAGCAAGUCCAUACGGCGGAACAGCCAAAAUUACGAAGAUUAUGCCGAUGAAGCAUUUUCUGCUCUGUAUUCAUCCGGAAUCACCUUAAAGAAACGGGCCAUCAGUCUUUAUGUACAGCUAUGCGAGCUUAAAUCAUUUGUCCAAUUGAACAAAACCGGGUUUACCAAAGUCUUGAAGAAGUACGACAAGAUCUGCGAUCGAAGCUUGAAGUCGAAAUACAUCGAGAAGUUUGUUACCCCUGCGUAUUGCUUUCGUCCCGAGACCUUAAAACGGAUCGAUGAUAGUAUACAACGAAUGGAAAAGGCAUAUGCAGACGUUGUCACCGGUGGUGAAGUCGCCGAGGCUAAGAAGGAGUUGAGAUUACACUUGCGAGAGCAUGUUGUAUGGGAGAGGAACACAGUAUGGCGAGAGAUGAUUGGUAUUGAACGAAAAGCUCAGGCCGCAAACAUGGGAAUCAGACGGACGCUUCUGGGAGUGGACAAUGACCCUGCGAAAGCCAGACUUCAGGGCGAUGAUGCCGAGACUGCAGAUAUGAAGGAGCUUUCAACGCCUGUGGGAAGAUUCAGGUGCCCGGCAUGGUUGUUCAGUUCAACUAUGCUCACACUUAUUAUCAGCAUCAUUAUAUUCUUCGUCUUGAUUUUCGUCCCUAUCAUGGAGCAACCGGAGCAACAAAAUUGCUUAGCGAUGCUGGUGUUCGUCUCCCUACUGUGGGCUACGGAGGUCAUUCCUCUCUUCACUACUUCGCUCAUGGUACCAUUCCUCUGUGUCCUGUUAAGAGUUGUCCGUUCAGACAGCCUCCCACACCAGCGUCUUGAUGCCACCAAUGCCGCGAAGUAUAUAUUUCCAGCUAUGUGGUCACCAGUUAUUAUGCUUCUUCUGGGCGGUUUCACUGUGGCCGCGGCCCUUUCCAAGUACGAUAUAGCGAAGCGAAUUGCAACCUGGGUUCUGAGCAAGGCUGGUACCAGACCUCGCACUGUUCUUGUGACCAACAUGUUCGUCGCUGCUUUUGCGAGUAUGUGGAUCAGCAAUGUUGCGGCUCCAGUGUUGUGCUUUUCAAUCAUCCAGCCCAUGCUACGCAACCUUCCAUCGGACUCGAACAUGUCAAAAGCUUUGAUUCUUGGCAUAGCUCUCGCUUCGAAUAUCGGUGGCAUGCUGUCACCAAUUGCUUCUCCACAGAACCUCAUUGCCAUUGAUACGAUGAUUGAUGAUCCAAGUUGGAUUCAAUGGCUUUUUAUCACACUCCCUGUCGGAAUCAUCUCCAUUCUGUUGAUCUGGCUUCUAUUGCUAGUCACAUUCCGACCAAGUCGAGGCACGACCAUCGUUCCAAUUCGAUCUGUUAGAGAUAGUUUCACUGGGGUUCAGUGGUUUAUCUCAAUCGUCACCAUUGGCACCAUUGUACUUUGGUGUAUUACUCAGCAGGAGAAGGUUAAAGAAUUCCUCGGUGAUAUGGGUGUAGUUGCUAUUAUCCCCAUGAUCCUAUUCUUCGGCACAGGUAUCUUGACGAAGGAAGACUUCAACAAUUUCCUAUGGACCAUCAUCAUUCUCGCUGCUGGUGGUCUAUCCCUAGGAAAAGCAGUCAGCUCAUCUGGACUUCUCGAAACAAUUGCGAAGCAGAUCACGGGCGGGAUUGAAGGACUUUCCUUCUAUAGCGUUCUGGUCGUCUUUGCCGCUUUAAUCCUGGUCGUUGCAACGUUCAUCAGUCAUACAGUAGCUGCCAUCAUUAUCCUCCCUCUAAUGAAGACGAUCGGACAAGAUCUCGGAGAACAGCCUCGUCCGGAUCUCCUCGUCAUGAUCGGAGCUCUCAUGUGUAGUGCUGCUAUGGGCUUACCAACAUCCGGAUUCCCUAAUAUGACUGCCAUCAUGAUGGAAGAUUCCCAAACAGGACAGCGUUAUCUUCAGGUCAAGCAUUUCAUCAGUCGUGGUAUUCCUUCCAGUAUCAUCACGUUCCUUGUUGUCAUUUCGGUCGGAUACUGGUUGGGGUAUGUGACAGGCAUAUGAUUCGUUGUUGUGAAUUUGGAUAGAACUUGCAUGAGUGGAAGAUGGCACGGAGUUGGUUAUGUUUGGGUAUCUGUAUAUUGUAUAACGCCAGGCUUUUGGCCUUGGGAUCGGGAUUUAGAAAUGCAGAGAUUUUAUUUCUAAGAAGAUGCUUUUCCUUUUCUUCCGCUCUCUAUUCAAGAUCAUGAUUCUCACCCACCAGUUCACGCCAGAUAAUCUUUUCGCCCUUCAUCCCACAAUCUAUAUCAAACCCUCCAAAACGCCUCAGCAUAUCCGAUUUUCGGUCAAGCCCAACCCCAACACAUUACCAUCCCAUCACAGCAUCUUUCUCACAACAUCCCCAAAAUAGCAACCACCGCCCCAGCCAACACACCCAUCCCGGACCUCU